AGCAUGUAUGUAGGUUCGAUGUCCUUUUUGCAGAGAUAUGAAUCGUUUCUUGAACAAUAUGCGACUUGUAGAUAGAACUGCAGAGCAAAGAUCCUUCAUCUGUGACAGAGCUUCAGGUUUCGUUGACCAGAAUUUAAAUUGAGGCGGGCGCGUCCCAACAAGGGAGGAGAUCGCUGCUGCAGUCCGAACCUUCUCUCGUCAGCUCAUGCAGAGUUAUCGAAGCAGAGUUGAUGCAGGUUUCCCGCGUAUUUUUGGAUCUGAAGAUUCCAGUUUGACCAGUUAUUUGUUUGCUACACAAGUUUGAGAGGGCAAGCAAGCCAUCGACGAUCGUGUCCAGGGUGCUGGUGGUGCACCAAUGGAAGCGGGUCGGCUGCAGCCUUAUUCUUGAUUUACGUUUACUGUACCUAGGGUAUCGCCGCCUUGAUUCGAGAGCAUCGCAUUGCCUUCCCAAAGGUAAAUUGAAUAAUAUAUACCUACCUGAGUUGCCAUCUUCGCGAUAUCCACCGUCAACCUUUCUCUCGGCCACCAGCCCGGCCAACCGGUUCUUCCCUUCCUGUGCCUCGACUAGAAUAACGACGGCGGGCGUAUUAACAAAAGCUUCUUUCACUUCGAGCUUUAUCGGGCGCCCAACACCACAUCGCCAUCCCCGCAAUCAACCCUUCCGAGCCUUCCAACCACUCCAGCCUUUCGACGAUGACCCUAGCGGCACAGCCUCCUCACCCAACUAUCCCCUCCCGUACCUCGACUAGCAGUGAAGAGCUUUGCGAAUCACCGAGGGGCGCUGGUGAGCUAUGCUGAUCCGAGUACUCCGUAUCUCUCUGUUGGCGGUAUUUUCGGAAUUAAAGUGAGUUGAGCCGCUGGGUUCAGAUUAUUGCUUUCGGGAACAACAAGACCAUUUGCGCAUGGCAUCUUUUGUUGUCGUCCCAACUGCAGAAAAACGGCCUCCGAGGCUGGAGGAACACAUAUUCGACGCCGAAGAUAGGACAGACGCGCUGCGAAUGGCGUUCCGCGACCGAACGAUUUAAUGGCGCUCCUGAAUCCUACCUUUAUUUUCGGGGUGAUAGUGCUCGCAUACCUCUCCUCGUUCAUUCUAUUCGCCGUUCUUCGAAUUCUUACGGGCAUAUCCAUCCAGCGCAUCGGAUACUUUUCGUUGAGAAGACUGGCAUACACACCGAAAGAUGGCAUAAAGAUUGAGGUUCGGGGCUUGGGCGUGAACCUGCACCGGCCUACAUUUGCACAACCAACAUGGGUCAGCAUCGUGCUCACAGAAUUGGCGGUGACUGUAGACUUGCGGGCUGCAGAUGGGGAGAAAGGUGGCAGUCAUGAGGAGGACACUAAUGGGACCGUGGAGGGGGCAGAUGGUCCAGCAUGCGACUUCGAGCCAAAGAGGAAGCCGUUGUCGCGGACAACCAGCUUUGGCCACCCUCGAAGCAAGAGUUGGAAGACGCUCACGAGUAUAAAGGAACGCAUUAAACGUCUACACCGUAAUAUCAACUGGAUCCGCAUGGUUGACGUGGUGGCUACAAAUUCGUCUGUGACGGUUGUUGACGUGGGGCAGAUACAAGUUGGAAGCUUUACCAUGGCAGUAGACACUCGGCCGAAGAUGGUGGACCGCGGGAGGAUGUUCUCACAUCUUAAGUCUCCCAAGAAGGAGCAACGACCAGCAGAGUGGAUGAUCACGGUUCGAAGUGCUUUGUUCACCCCUGAAGGCAAAGAUUCUCUCGAAGUGCUCGAUCACGCGACCCUCAACAUACACGGACUGCUGUAUAAAGACUUGGAUGGGCUGCGAGAUGCUGCUAUCUCCCUCAAGUUGGGGAGAGUUCACAUACCAUAUGACGAUAUUAGUACCUGCAUGAACAGGUACAAAGGAUGCCGGCGGCUCUAUGUGCAAGAAACACCAGAUGUGGAGGAACUCUCCGUCACGGAUCUUAUUGAGGAACUUGAUAGGCCUGGCAGCCGGGAGGAAAAUCUUGUUCAGACAGUAUCAGAUUCCAAGGAGUUUGUGAGCUCUAUCCUUCGAGGCAUCAAGGAAGUCCAAUUUGCUGUUAGUUUCGUGGGGUUUACAAAGAAAAUCAACGCCGUACAACCCCAUGGCACCCCGAUCUAUCUGAAUGCUUCAAUGAAGGAGGUCGGUGUUGAUCUGCACCGAUUAGACCAGAAGUCUCCUGCACACCGGAUGUACUUUUCUUCAAAGGACGUAGCACAUCAAGCUUUGGUCGCUGCUCUAGCGAUUUCUGUUGGUGUAGAAGACGGCCAUGGGAAGUCAGAGAGGCUAGCAUAUAUUCCGAUGGCAACAACGACUGUACGGACAACUCUCCCUUCAAAAACAGUGGAAUUCGCCGCGGACAACAGUGCAGCUGAAAGGAAUGCCAACAUUCUUUUUGCAAACGUUGUCAUCACCUCACCUUCUGUUGACUUGGAUCCAAAGCAUUUGCCCCUGAUCCUGGCACUGUUACGCAAGAAUCAGAGACCAAGGAGUUCAACACGGUCUCAGAAGCACGUAGUUAUCUCGCGACUAUUGCCAAAAGCCAACGUCAAAUUCUCCAUGCAUGAGCCUGUCAUCCGAAUCGCUUUACCUCCCGUGGAGAAAACCGCAGCAGAAGAUGAUUUUGAUCUGAUUAUUUCGUCGAUAUCAUCAGUCUCCCUGGACAUAGAGUCUUCGCACUCCGCUGUUGGAGAACUCCAUUACAGUCUAGGUUCGACGUUGCGUGUACAAUCACACGACCUUUACUACCAGACAUCUUCUGGAGCCCACUUUGACUUGGUUCAAACAGAGUCUCUCGAGCUCAAAGUUCAGCUGAAUGCAAAUCCAGAAGUUCAUGUUGUCGCGACAGGAAAUCUUCAGACCUUUUCUAUAUAUAUGAUUCGACCCGAAAUCAGUGAUGGGGUACGCCAGAUUGUUCGCCAGUUGCGACUCAACGAAGCGCCCACCAAGAAGGCACACGCAAGAACCACUCGAGACCCAAACUUCAUCAGAGCACUGCCUCCUUGGCUCCUACAUUUCCAGUUGUCAGGCUCCGACUUUAGCGCUGAGGUGGCUGGCGUGGACGAAGAUAUCUCUGACGAUACGAGAGGUAUCGCAUUACAACUUGAGUCUUGGACAGCGGAUUACAAGGCUUUGAAAUUGGAUUCUUUGGAGAGAAAAUCCUCGCGGCGCCGAACAGGUAGUCGGUCGUUGACGCCUGAUCCAGAAUUCUUCCUGAACAUGCCUACGUCUCCACGCAGAAAGCAGCAGCAGCAUCCUACUGAUGGACGUCGCCUGGCUGUUCAUGUCCGUGGCCUAGAAGCUUUCAUUGUCGAAUCGACUGAUAAGUGGGAGCAUGAGCCAUUUGUUGCCAUGCCACGCUUCGAAGUUGCAGUGUCCACGUCCAGUGAUGCUCAAGGACCAGUAUUCCACGUUAACUCGCAUGUUCGACAGCUUCUCGUCCAGUACUCCUUGUAUCGACACUACGCUGUUGGAGUUGCCACAACCGUCCUUAGGAAGGCAUUUGUACGUACAAAAGCAGAUAGGGACGAAGAACGAGCCCGUAUAGCAUCAGCGGCUGUCUUUGAUAAUGAUCUCCUAUCACCGCUCAAGUCUCCCGAGGACUUCUACACCCGGGAUGCACCUGAGUACCCUUUCACUGCAAAAGAGUUGGUCACGGUCGACCUGAGGGCGACGCUGGUCCAAAUCAAAGCCCAAAUGCCUUCAGACCCUGCCAUAAUGUUGCAAAUAUAUGGUAUGGAAGCCGGACGACACAGGUGGUCACCGCCUUUUCUCCACUCCAAGCUUGCAAGGCUGUAUGCCGAAGCCCCAAGAAUUAAACGGGUCUGGGCGAGACUUGUCAGUAUCAAGGGCUUGCGAGCGGAUUUACGUGAAAGUCGGAGAAAACAUAGCAAUGGAGAAACCUUGGACGAGAAGCUUAUCGAUCUUAAUUCUGAAGCCAUCCGACUAGCGAUUCCACAUCAACUCGUCCUCCACAAAGUCUUCGACAAUUUUGUCAACACUCUCAAGGCUGUGCAGCAACUUCAUCAUCGCUUUGUCACUGGUACGAAUGAGUAUAUACUCAACAAGGGUCCGGAGGGGCCGAAGCAAUUACCGAAAAUAUCGAUACGUAGCAGAGCUCUCCUUUUUGAACUUGAGGAUGGCGCAUUCGAAUGGAAGCUUGGGACUAUCUACCGGACCGGAUUGGUAGAACAGGCACAGCGUAUCGCACGCGAUGUGGCGUUCAAAGUUAAGGCUAAGAAGAUCGAGGAUGAAGAAAUGAGGAAAGACUCCUCUCGAUUUCGCAAUAGAUCUGCUCACCCACGGGGUCGCAGUACCCACAAGGAUGCCCAGGCGCCGAAACGGAGUAAAAGUGAAGAUCAAAUUAUCCAUGAGAGUCAUCAUUCUAAAUCUCAUCGCGGCCGUACGCUGCGUUAUGAUCCUGAAGGUACAUGUGGAAUUAGUUCAUCUGCCAAAAUCUCAAUUGGCGAGGCGCAUGAGAAGCUGCAAAGACACAAUGCUCAGAGUUGGAAGCGGAGGAUUGACCGCAUCUACGGGUUGGCGAAGAGUGGCAUGAAGGACAUUCGAGGCAUCUUCUGGGGUCCUGAUGAACUGCCCGACGAGAUGGAGGAUUCUGAGAAUAUUCUCGAGGUCCCACAACGGCCGGCACUGAUGGCCACGCUGAUUAGUGACCUUCACAUCACUAUCGAAAAGCCCUCGUUUCCCAUGCACCAGCUGCCAGAUUUCAUUCAUCGCGUCGGAAAAGGGAUGCCUUAUGACAUGAAGUACUCGCUUUUAAUCCCUAUGCAUGUGCAGAUAGACAUGGGAGAAGCUCGUAUAACGCUGCGAGAUUAUCCACUGCCUCUUUUACAUGUUCCCGCCAUAAAGCCUGGACAAUCACCACGCCUUCCUGCUUGGUCUCUCAAGUCAGAUUUCGUUAUUGCUGAAGAGUUCCGCGGCUCAGAAUCAACGCGACACGUUAAGGUAGAUAUUGUCCCUGCAGUGAAGUGCCAACCUGGAAGCGCAAGGGCUGGUGGGUUCGCAAUUGACGUUCGGAGAACCGUUUCACCGGUCAAGUCAUACUCGGACAUCAAGGUGGACAUCAACACUGGGUUCCCAACAAGAAUUACGUGGGGUGCAUCAUACCAGCCAGCAAUUCAAGACAUGAUGAUGGUGAUCGAGACAUUCACCAAGCCUCAGGUGGACCCAUCUGAUAGAACUGGUUUCUGGGACAAGAUUAGACUCAGCUUCCACUCUCGUGUCAGUGUUGCAUGGAAAGGAGAUGGUGAUGUCCAUCUCAUGCUCAAAGGAACCCGCGAUCCCUACGUGGUUACUGGCAAUGGGGCAGGGUUUCUCAUGUGCUGGCGAAAUGACGUGCGUUGGAACAUUUGCCGCGAGGAGGACCCAAGAAAAUUCAUGACCGUGGACAGCGGCGAAUACAUUCUUGCAAUUCCGGAUUUCAGUCACCAAGCACGCAACAUAUCGAAACUCGAUCGCGAUAGCGACAGCAUGACUAGCGUCGACAGUUUCAAGCGAGGUGCAGCCUUCAAGAAAGUUGUUAUGAAACUCUCCGGAAAUGUUCAAUGGCUCGUUGGUUUAAUGUUUGAGAGAAAUCUACGGGAAGAAGGCAAACGAUCGUUUGAUUUCGAACCACAUUACAACGUCAUCUUGAAAGAAGCCCGUUUCGCACAGGCACCACCCGGCCUCGAGUAUGAUGCUUUCAGAGGCUUCCGCAGUCACCACAUUCACAUGUCAAUUGCUGUCAAAGCACCUGUCAAUCGUGAGUGGUCCGUAUCGAACCUGGAGAAAUCGAAUAGCUACAACACCGUACAUCUCACGCCUCGAUUCUUUUCUCACUUCUUCGCUUGGUGGUCAAUGUUUAAUGGUACAAUGUCACUCCCUAUUCGACAAGGAGCAUUAUGGCCAGGCAUUGAGAAGUCAAGUAAGAAAUUCGGCCGACAUCUUGCUACAAUCAAGUACAAUCUAUUAUUGGCGCCGCUCUUUAUUAGCCAUAUUUACAAGCAUAAGGAUGCCGAAGAUUACUCUGCGGACGUCGUCUCGGCCACUGGAUUGAAGAUGAGACUUGACAGUUUUAUGCUUGACAUGCAUCAGCGACGUGAAGAGUUUCCUACUCAUGAUAAGGGCCGCAAGACACAAGGAAAAACUACAGCUAUGAAGAUGCAUCAAGCACAACUCGACUUGCUUUCUGCCGAUAUUCGUGCCAUCACGGCUAGCAUUGCAGGUACUACACCUGAAGAUUUGCAGAAGGCCUCAGCCCCAACUCUCGUUUCUCAAUUGGAUACGCCCUCCACAGAUCUGUCACACUUCGAAAUUCCGGACAACGACUUCAGUUGGAUCGAUAUGGACGAUUUCGUCGAGUUGGAUUGGAUAUUACCCUCCGAGGCAAAUCCAGAAACUAAGAUCAUGCCGCUUGCAUAUGCUCCACGCUUCACUUAUUUCCGCCAGACCGACCACGGUGACACAAUUUCGGGUGACCCAGACAGGACCAGCCCAUUCGGACACGAACAGACACAUUUCUGUAUCAUGAGCAGAGAUGAUGAUCCUCGUCGCGUGCAAUGCCAUCUCAUCCAGACCCGCCUGGACCAACUGGAGAAACAGAUGGAAACCCAUAGCCAGGCAGUCGAAGAUGCUGAGCUUGAAUGUGUUCGGGAUGACACUAAUACUUCGCUUAGGGCUGACUUCGAACAGCUGAGCAAGCAUGGCACUUUCUUGCGAGACAAGAGACUCUUCUUGGAGUCUAUGCUUCGACGGAUGGCCAUGCGCAUUCACACGGACAAGAAGCGCGCAGUGCCUGAUGGAGAUGCAGAUGUCGACAGUGAUGGUGAAACCUCGUCACCCAAGCAUUACGAUGCAGCAGCGGAGGGAAUGGACACAAAUCCCGGAGCAGACUUCAUCAGCGAUUUCAACAAUCGAUUUGUUAUCCACAAUAUGCAGCUUAAGUGGAACAAUCUUUUGAGGAAUAUCAUUCUUCGCUACAUCCACCAAGUCAGCCAAAGGCGUGGCUUUGUCUACUAUCUGUCCAGACGCGCCGUCAAGUUCAUCCUUGAUAUCGUCGAUGAACAGAACAAGGCCAAGGUUGUCAAGCCGACUGUAACGCCGGAGACGGAUGAUUCUGAUAGGAGCCAUUCGCCAGAGGCCCCAAAUUGUGAACCUGGAUCCCGAGAUGUCGAAGAUCGCAUCAAUCAACUCCUGGCCGAUGGUAGAGACUUCGUCAACGCUGAUGAUCCCAAGGGUCCGAGAAAAGAGCCAGAGAAGAACCAAAGGGUCUCUUCGGAGAAUUUGCAUGCUGGAAUCGGACGAGAAUUUACACCACAGAACAGCUACCACCUACGGCUAAUAGCACCUCAAAUUCAACUUCAAAGCGAGAAAAACUCCAAAGCUGUGGUGCUCGUAACUGCCAAGGGCAUGGAAGGGAAGGUAGUUGAAGUCAUGGAUAAAGAUCGCAUCUUUGACGAUGUCAGUGGUCUUGUUCAGCGACGCUUUUCGGUGGAAAUGGAUAGCACCCAGUUUUUCGUUACUCAUCAGAAGUGGUUCUCAUCGCAACUGCUCUCAAUGUACUCUGGAAAUCAUUAUGGUGUCCCGGCUGGAUCUGUUUGGCCUCCAUGGGUACCCAUGGAAGUAAUGUUCGACUUCAAAGUUGAUCCUUUCGGCUUCAAGCGUAUUGUCCAGAAGACUUCCGCGACCUUGAUCUACGAGAAGUACAAUACCCUGCGACUUAAAUACAACGAUGAAAUCAGCAGUGAGGGAACCCAUGCCGCAGCUACAAGCAAGGUUGAAAAUCGAAUGGACCAUCUCUAUGUCGAGUUUCCACAGAUCUUCGCCAUCUGCAAUUCAGCACAGUAUUACGCUAUGUACAUCAUCGUUAUGGAUUUGCUUAUGUACAGUGAGCCACUGGAGAAAACAAGAAAUGAGCGUUUGGAGAAGAUCAUGCUUGCUUCUGACUUCAGUGAUCUGCGAGGUGCUCCCGAAAUGGUUAUACGCUUACAAGAACGGAUUCGACAGCUGGAAGAAAUUAAGACACAAUUCCAGAUCAAUUCAAAGUUCCUCGACAAGAAAGGCUGGGAAGAUAGACUUGCGUUGGAUAGAGAUCUGACAAGCUGUGAAGACGAACUGUUCUUCAUGAUGAAAGCAAUUACCUCAUCUCAAAGAAAGUACGAUGCUACCCAGACUAGCGGGCUGCUUAGAUGGAUCAUCUCAUCCGACCAAAUCGUUUGGCAUCUUAUCCGUGACAACAACGAGCCACUUAUGGAGUUCCAGCUUCAACACGCCGAAUACGAUAGAGUAGAUAACUCAGACGGAUCACACGCAAACAACAUGAGCAUCGGAAAGAUUAUUGGCCUCAAUCUUCUCCCAGAUGCAAUCUACCCCGAAAUGUUUGCUCCUUACUCAGACGCUGAACGUGGAGUCUUCAAUGAGGGCGAGAAUCACCAAAUGUUGAGUGUAAACUGGAAUAUGCUUGAGGCGAUCGCUGGAAUACCGGUCAUGGACCAUUUUGAAGUCAACCUUUUCCCCAUGAAGAUCCAGCUCGAACGAGAGGUUGGAAAACGACUUUUUGACUACAUGUUCCCUGGCACAAACGAUACAAAGAACAAAUCUCCGUUCAUGGUCAAGCAUAUGCAGCCAGUUGAAGACGGAGACGAGGAUGACGAUAACUCGAUGAAAACCAAUAGGCCUAGCACCGUGGCUGGAGACAAGUUUGAUGGGGAUUCCAGCAGGAGAGCGGGAUCAUUGGAACUUCGCCUUCGCCCAACAAUGCACUCAGAAGCCAGGCCUAGCACAGCUAUCAUACGCAAGAACAAGGCUUCCAGCCUUCAUGCACGAGAAGAAGGCCAUCAUUUUCGAAUAUUUCAAUCAAGCAGCAAGAAUUCUUCCAGCUCUCGCAACCUGAGCGCGAAAACCUUGGGCAAGAAGGCAUCAAUUGAGAGCUUACAAUCCAGUGUCAAUUCGCGACCAACUCUAGGGCGAUCAUCAACAAUCGCGUCUGGUCAUGAGAGCCAGUCAUCCAACGGUGACGUAAAGUCCAAGCGGUUCGGAAUUCAUCGUAGCUCAGGGAAAAAGGAAAAGCCAUCAGACGAUCUGACUGAGAUGAUGUCUCGAGCAUCCGAAUACAUGACCUUAGCACAUGUUAAGUUGACGAGUGUGGUGCUGUGUCUGAGUUAUAAAGGGAAGGGAGAGCGAAACAUUGAAGACGUGCACGAUUUCGUCUUCCGUCUUCCUGAAAUCGAGUAUCGCAAUAAAACUUGGUCAAAUCUUGACCUUGCGCUCGCACUCAAGAAGGAUGUCAUCCGUGCCCUGAUCUCCCAUACUGGUGCUAUCAUCGGGAACAAGUUCAGCAGACAUCGUCCUACUACCGCUCAACAACACCGGCUUCGAGAGCUUGCAACAAGUAGUAUGCUACUGAAUCCGUCAAGCCAGGACAACUCCCAUGAUAAUAGCGAUGCAAGCAGCAGUAUGUUUGGUACAAGUCCAAUUGCAAGAUCCGAUCGAUCCGAUCGAUCCAGGAGUCCUCGAAGAUCAUUUGCAUCGAGCAAUAACGGACAGCUGGACAGGACACCAAGCAAUUCUAGUAGUGUCCUUUCCAUCCAAUCGAGUGGUCGGUCACAGACCUUUCCGGCUUCGUUGAUGAUGACUCCGGCGAACAGAACCUAUGAUCGAUCAGAAAGUAUUGCAGACAGCGAAAAGACAGGCUCGAAGAGUACAAAGAGCAACGACGGAGGCUUUGUCGCUACUACUCUCAACCGUUUGAAGAAGAAGGAGCGAGAGAGCUCGUCAAGUCUGGGCGGAGGACAAGUAGACGACCAUGAGGAGAUGUCAAAGAAGAAGAAGGGUCUCAAGACGAUCCUGGGCGGGCUUAAUAAGCAUGGUAGUUGAUAUAAAGUUCUUUUGUAACAUAUACUUGGUGGCUGGGCAGUAGACCCAUUAUUUUAGGAAGGUUGUGUAGGAUUGAGGAAACGGAGGCAUAGCCUUUGAGGGAUAGAACAUGCAUGGGCGGCGUCUAGGAGCGACGAAAUUAUAGCGGGCUUCAUCUCGGUGUUUUUUAUGUUUGAUUAUAGUAUAUAGUUGAGAUGGUUGUUGAGACCGGGGAGGAAUAUGAAUGGCACACUAUUGAGUACAGGUGCGGAUUUGAUGCUCUCCUGCGACGUUGUAGCAAGACUUCGCAUUCCGAAGACGUAACAAGGGUUGGUCAGCAUCAAUUGAAGGCUAUCGCCUAACUACUGUACGAGCUUGUCCUAUCCAAAAUUAUCUCGAUUGUUUACAGGUCAUGUCACUGCCGAUCUCAGUGUAUGCCAAGAUGAGAUCCAGGUACAAUCUCUUUAGGACCUGCCUUAUCCGGCUAAAAAGCAACAUUGGCAGCUUCCUGUUCCGCGCUGAACUUCACGAUACCCCUCUUUCCCAAGCAUGACAUAUCUUAAUAUGCCGUCGAC